UUCUGGCCGCUCCACCCGCUGUCAUGCUCGGCCGCUCUCAGUGGCUACCCGGCUGGGCCGGCCCGACGGCCGUGCUGCUCGUGGCUCUGUUGCCCGUAGUAGCGCAGGCCUUCGCGAGCUCGUGGCGGCUCCUGGACGCGGCGCCCUCCAGCCCCGGGGUCCAGCAGGCCGCCCGCGCGGCGCUGCACUACUUCAACUACCGCGCAGCCUCGCCCAGCACCCUCCAGGUCCUCCAACAAGUGAACCGUGCCUCCGCCUGGAUCAACGCAGAAAAGGGCCGCAGAUUCGACCUGGUGUUCACCACCGCGAGCUACCGCCCAGAGUCCAAAGAGAAGCAUUCAGGCAUAUGUUCCGCUCUAGUGAUCUUCAGGAAUCAUCAGCCCAAACCCACUGUCAACAUAACCUGCACUCGACUCCUGGAAGACAAGGAGAAAGAGCAGGAGGAUUACCAGCUCUAUAAACAAAUGAAGGAGCUGAAAAAGCCGGAUGAAGAGGUCAGAAUACCAGACAGCCUGGGCCACGUGGAGCCCUCUCUGCAGCCCCUGUGGAACUUGGCCGUCAUCGGCAGCUCGUACGUGAUGUGGGAGAAGACCUCGCAGGCAUCCUAUUAUUAUAUGACCCAGAUCAGCGGGGUGAAGCAGUGGGUCACGCGAGGUGAUUUUAUCAGUUUCAACUACACGGCCCUCCUCCAUCAGUUCUCAACCCAGGACAUUAUUCCCUGCCAGAUUCAUCUGAUCUGGUAUCCUGGCAAACCCCUGAAAGUCCGGUAUCGCUGUCAAGACCCUGAGACACAACCGGAAGGUUCUGGGAACGACCAAGGCUCGGCGGAGACUCCUACCGAGAUCCCGAGUAACUUCUGAAGGAUGCAGCGCCGACCUCUGACACUCGAGCCGAUGACCACACUCAAAGGCUUCAGCCGCUGCUGACUAGUCAUCUGUAGGCACGUAGUCCGAGCCCAGAGACGCCCAUCAUCUUCUUUUGUUACUCAUUUCUUGGAGCACAUGCUGAUCCCGCUAACUCGUGAGGGCACUCAACUCCACUCGAGACACUUUGGGGCCACCCGAAGGCCCUAAAAUGUGACAUAUGAGGCCGGAAUGAAUUAACAGCUCUGAAAGAGUCUGCUCUUCAGGCUGAAUUUGCUAUUCUCCCAAGCUUGUAUCUAAUAUUCCUUUGAGAACAGUAGCUGAUUAUCUUGUACCGCUCCAAUCUCAGAGUGUCCAUGCUAGUAGCUGAAGAUAAUAUAGUACAAUAAAAGCAAAAAGAAAGGGAAAUGUUGUGCUGGCUUAGGACGAAAUUUGUGCUUUUUAAGGUUUCCAGCAGGACAACUUCUACAUUCGCCUGAGAAUCAAUGCUGAAAUAAACACGGUUACGUUUCAAAA